GUUUCAGUUGUUCUGAACGCUGACAAUGGCCCAAAGACAUCUGAUGUUGUGGAUCUUCACUCUGUGUGUUUCACUGGAUCCCUCAGUUGGUCACAUUCACGAACUACAUGGCAAGGUUUAUGAGAUUGUACGACCAAUCAGAUUACAUGAUCUGCAAAAAAGAGACUUACAGUCAAGACCGGAUAGAGUGAAAUAUGCUAUGACACUGGGUGGUAGAGACAUUGAAAUGCAUCUCCAGAAAAACAUUGGCAUGCUGACUAAAGACUACAGCGAGACCUACUACACUGACGAUGGCAUGCUUGUCACAACUACACCGGCAGAUUUGGAUUUAUGCUACUAUCAUGGGAAAAUAUUAAAUGACAGUGCCUCUUUGGUUAGCAUGAGCACCUGUGAUGGACUGCGAGGCUAUUUCCAAACAGCAGAGCAGAGGUUUCUGAUUGAGCCGUUGUCUGAGGAUAGCGAUGGCGACCAUGCCGUCUUCAAGUAUGAAGAUGUAAAUGAAGCCACGCCAAGGGUGUGUGGAGUCACCAACACUACUUGGGAUGAGAGUGGCGAUGGAGUUCCUCCCCGAAUCCUCAAAACACGCUCUCGUUCCUCAGGGCCAACUUUAUUCCAGAGACAAAAAUACAAUGAGUUCUUCCUUGUUGCAGACAACAGAGAGUACAAGAAACUGAACAGCGAUUUGGAGAAGCUGAGAAAGAGGAUAUUUGAGAUCAUCAACUUUAUCAAUAAUGUUUAUAAAGAAAUCAACACUUUUGUUGCUCUGACUGGAUUUGAAGUGUGGACAGAUAAUGAUAAGAUAACAGUGUCUGCGGCUUCCGGAGCAACUUUGGACAGCUUUACCAAGUGGAGAAACAGUGACCUCAUAAAACGGCAGCGGCACGACAAUGCCCAUCUCCUUACGUAAGCUCCAUUGACUACAUGGGGAAAUGAAAUACUCUUAAUCUGAUUAGCACCUGUUCAAAGCCAUGCCAUUGUAUUCUAAAUGCUUAAAGGGAUAGUUCACCCAAAAAUAAAAAUGUCCUAUGGAUUUACUCAUACGCAAGUGGUUCUAAAAAACGUAGGCAUUUCUUUCUAAAGAAUGUUGGAAAAAAGCAUAUACUGCGAUGCAAAGUAAGAACAAAAAAUAAUUUGGAAGUCAGUGGCUGCUGCCUUCCAACAUUCUCCAAAUAUCUUCCAACUGAAUAAAAAAACACAAACAGGUUUGGAACAGGUGGAGGGUAUGGAAACAAUGACAGAACUUUCCUGUUUUCUGUAAACUUUCCCUUUAAGAAGCUGAACCAGAAAGAAGCUAGGCAAUAUAUUCAAGUCAUUAACUAACGCAAUGUAUUUUAGCUGCACUGGUUGAAAAUUAAACUUUGAUUUUUGUCCUUUUGCCAGAGCAAUUGACCUUGAUGGAGCAACUGUAGGUCUGGCUUACAUUGGAACCCUGUGCGGAGGACUUUCAACUGGGAUUGUUCAGGUACAAAU